GACACACUCAAAAAAACAAAUUGACUUGUAGAAUUUUCUUAAAAGUUUUUCCAACACAAAUCGAAACGGAAUUGUAUCCUCAUUUCUUUUUAACAAUUUCUUUUAAAAUAAUUCAAGAUGGUCUUUCAUCAAUUGCAAUCUGCAUUAUCAAAUUCUAAUCAAGUUGAAAGCAAUUCAGCUCCAUCUAAUACAAGUUCACCACCUCAAUCAAAAAGAAACUUAUUUAGUAAUUAUUUUAGUUCAUUAACUGAUACUAUAACCGAAAAGGCGACUUUAACAAACUUACGACAAGUUCAAACCAAUUAUGAUCCAAGACAAUCACCUUAUACUAUCAAACUUCAAAGAUUGAUCAAUUCUACAAAAACUUUGGUACAACAAACCGAUUCUAUUGGAAGACAAUCACAUCGUACAUCUCAAUCUAUGUUCACUUGGGCUCAAGAUCAAUCUGGAUCUAGUGAUGAUUUAGAUUUAGUUGAUGUAGGUGAUCGCCUAGCUUUCUUGAUCUAUAAAACUGGUGAUUUGUUUUUAGAUUAUAGUAAGAUGAUUGAGAAAUCUAGGAUUGAAUUGAAGGAGGUUAGAAAUUUUGAGAAUGAGUUAACCAAAAGUCGUGAUAGAAAGAAAUCUUUAGAAAAUCAAAUCAAUAAAUAUAAACAAGAUGUUAAACCAAAACCAGAAGUACAAGAAAGAAUCAAAGUAUUAAAUCAAGAAUUAAGUGCGACAGAUCAAGAACUUUCAAAAUUAGAAAAAUCAUUAUCAGAAAUCAAAAGGAUUAAAUUGAAAUCAACUUAUUCGAUUCAAUUUAAAGCAAUGAGAGAAUUAGGUGAAAAGUUUUCAAUCUUGGGUGGUUAUGGUGAUUUAUUAUUGAAUGAAAUUCAAGAAACCACGAACACUGAUUCUACUUAUGAUGGUCAAGAAAGAACAGCUUGGAUUAGAGGUGCUGUGGCUGAGAGUUUAGUGACUUAUAGAGCUCCUUUGAUCGAAUUACCUAAACUUGAUCAAAUUCCUAUCUCACCAGUUCAGCCGUCUCCAACAACAACAACACCUUCUAGUAAUAAUUUAUUGGCCCCCGUCGAGAAUAAAGGAGGUCGUGAUACAAGAUUAUUUGGAGAGACUCAUAGAUUGGAAUUAGAAAAGUUACUUCAAACUUCAGAUGAAUCAAGUCCCACUUCAACCCAACCCAAACAAACAAACAAAGAUUUAAAUCCAAUUACAACCACAACCACAACCACCAAGACACCAUAUGAGAUUGAAGUACCAUUCUUGAUAACAGGUGAAUUGAAAAAUCAAAAUGAACCAAUUAGAUUACCACCAUCAUUUCCACCACCGAAAUUACCAACCCGACCAAACCCAUCAAAACCGAAUGAAGCGAAAGAAGAUUUAGAAAUCGAAUGUUUGAAUCAAUUUAUCAAUACAAGUGGUAAUUCUUCACCUGUUUCGACUAUUAAACCUUUAUCUAAUUAUUCUAGACCUAGUUCUUCUAGUCCUACGACUGAGAUCAAAAGGACCGGUUCGACUUCUACUUCUGCUUCUUUACUUAAUGAUCAUGAAAAAAAUGGCAAUCAAGAUCCUUUACCUGCUUAUAAACUUACUGAUGAUCAUUUGGUUCAAACCAAUCCUACUUGAUGUUUAACUUCUUUUCGGGUUCUUCAAUUUUCGAUUUUCUCAAGAUUUAUUUCACUUUUUGAUUUAUUUCAUACUUAUACUUUGAAUGGACACUUUAUGAAUCUAUCCUGAUUUGAUUUCGUAGAAUCAUUAUGACCUCUAUUUAAAAUCUAUUAUCACGAAGUUAUAAUCACUUGAAAGAAUUCCUUAUAAGUAUUGAGCAAGACGGUGAUUUUCGAGCCCGAAGUUGAUAGUCUUAGCGAACCUGUUUUACAAAGAAUGUCAUGUUGUAGCUACGCGUAAUGUGCGAAUCUCUGCGAACAACAGCUCCCAAUAGAUUUUUAUCAGAUGCCAAGUACAAACUUUACAUCAGCCCGAAUUAUGUACCCCGCAGACAUGAGAUUCUAUAUAUAAUUCUGAAUCUUGUCAAAGGUUGAACUUGCACCCCUGGUGUUGAAAAUGAACUUGUUGAACUGUGUU